CGGAUGUUGCUGUCCGGAGUAAACACACACUCCAAUGGCCGCGGGACGGUUUCCUAACGCACACUCGCCGUCUGAUCCUGUGUCAUGCAUGUGGCUCGGCCUGUAGCCUGUGUGGUGUAGAGUGCCCCAGAUUGUCACUAGGGAGUACUCUCUGACCCCAAACCCCUCCUCCCACCCCACCCCGGCCCCCAGAACCUAUGUUCCCUAUGCUAACUCUUCUCAGCAUGUUUUACUAUAUCUGUCUGCGACGGCGGUGCAGGAGUGGGUCGCGAGCAGAGUCGCUGGGUGGUCGCCGUGCACUCAUCGAUUUGGGCCAGCGUUCUACCUUGCCAGUCACUGUGGAGGUGGAACAGUAUGCUAAGGAGGUUCUAGACUUCAGCUCACACUAUGGCAGUGAAAACAGCAUGUCUUACACCAUGUGGAACCUCGCUGGAGUGCCUAACGUCUACCCCAGCACGGGAGACUUCACCCAGACAGCCGUUUUUCGGACGUAUGGACACUGGUGGGAUCAGUGUGUUAGUGCUCCAGCACCGUUCCACCGCACACCGCCAUCCUUCCACAGCCGAGACUUCCUGGAGCUGGCCUUUGAGGAGCAAGUCUACCCCACUGCUGUGGAAGUGCUGGAGACCUACCACCCCGGCGCUAUCAUACAGAUCCUGGCCUGCUCGCUAAAUCCUUUCACACAGAAUCCACCUGCUGACGUCAGAUGGGAGGUGUUAUGGUCAGGGGAACCCACCAAAGCCCUGAGCCCCCAGGCACGUCAGUUUUCCCCUACAAUCCGGCCCAUUAGCUUCCCCACCAACUUGUUGCGUCUGGAAGUGAAUGGCUCUAUGCUGGAUUACUACACCGAGCUUGACGCGGUGGUCCUGCGAGGGGUUCGCGAAAGGCCCAUCCUUGCUCUUUAUAAGAUGCCUAUGAUAGACAUCAGUGAUCUGAGUGAUGGUGAGGAGGACCUGAGUGAGACCGGGGGUCCACUGUGCUGCAGGACGGCCACCGCUGACCACAAACACAACCAUGGCAAUGGCUACUUUGAUAAACUACCUUAUGAGUUAAUUCAGUUGAUUGUAAGUCACUUGGCGGUUCCUGAUCUGUGCCGUUUGGGUCAGUGCUGUAAGCUCCUGCAGCAGCAUUGCUCUGACCCACUGCAGUACGUCCAGCUCAGCCUGCAGCCGUACUGGUCUCGCCUCAGCGAUGCUGCGCUGACACACCUGCAGCCGCGCUGCACACUCCUCCAAAGGCUCAACAUGUCCUGGACUGGAAACAGAGGAGCUGUGACUGCUGCAGGAUUCUGCAGCUUCAUCAGGGCAUGUGGGAUGAGUCUGGUGUGUUUGCAGCUGUCCUGCUGCCACUUCUUGAAUGAGAUGUGUUUGGAGGUUGUGUGUGUGACGUGUCCGCGCCUUCAGGAGUUGGAUCUCUCCUCAUGUGACCGGCUACAGCCUCACGCCUUCACCCACAUCACCAAGCUCACGCACAUCCGCCGCCUUAUACUGUACCGCACCAAAAUAGAGCAAACAGCCAUGCUGAGCAUCCUGACAUUCUGCGCUGAGCUGAGACAUCUCAACCUGGGCAGCUGUGUAAUGAUAGAGGACUAUGAUGCAGUGGUGAGUUUGGUGGCUGCACGGUGCCGGGGCUUGGUGUCUCUGGACCUGUGGCGCUGCAGGAAUCUGAGCGAGCGUGGGCUGGCAGAGCUGGUGUCCGGCUGUGCAGGGCUGGAAGAACUGGACCUGGGCUGGUGCUCCAGUCUCCACAGUAGCUCUGGCUGUUUCCAGUUGCUGGGCCGCAGACUGCAUCGCCUGCGCAAACUCUUCCUCACUGCGAACCGCACUGUUUGUGACAGUGACUUGGAGCAACUCGCAACAAACUGCCCUGCACUGGAGCACCUUGACAUACUGGGCACGCGGAUGGUCAGUCCUGCUGCUCUGAGAAGACUGCUGCAGGCAUGUCCUCGGCUGCGUCUGCUGGACGUCUCGUUCUGCUCACAGAUCGACGCACGGACUGUGCAGGAGCUGGGCAGCCUCUUCCCAAAUGUAUCCAUCAAAAAGAGCUUCACCCAGUGACAUCUUCCACAGCCAGUCCGCAGUGGGGCACUGCCCAUAGCCUGGGGGCACUAAGACCCUGCCCACAAGGGCUGCCUUUCGGGUUUCUUGGUGCUGCCAAUAUGGCCGCUUUGCCUACGUGGUAGUGAUAAAGCAAUAUCUCAGCAGACAAUCAAACUUACACAGUUACACUCUUACCCCAAAUGUGCUUGGUCAGCUAAGACAUCUUUGGUGCCUGAUGUUUGCUCCCAUGCUUCACAUAGAAAUCUGUUCUUUUGGAGUGUGAAGUCACUACAUAAUGCUGAGUUUCCAGUUUAAAAUGCUGCACUACUGACCACACAGCAUGUUGUUGUGGCUAAUCAAAACAGAUUGGAUACAAAAAAUUGCCACUACGCUAACAUUAGCUCCAUUACAUGACCCAAAAAACUACAUAGAACACUGUGAUCUUCCACACACAUGGAAUAGAAGUAAUUAUUUAUUUUUUAUGUAUUUUAGCUAGUGAUGUCAAAGUAAACACAUUAUUAGCUCCCCCUCAAAACAUUGUGGUGUGAGAGCGAAAGGCUACAAUCCCAGACUAGUUAGAGCAUGCACCCACUGUUGGAGAUGAAAACUGGAAACUGCAUUCAUUCUUUAUCACGGUUACCCUACUUUCAUUUGAGUUUCAUGUUCUGGUUCAUGUGAUGUACAAAGUAAUAAGACCAUUCUGGUGAAGCUUACUUUGUCCACUCAUAUAUAUAUAUAAACCAAAAUGCAUUACUUUUUAAAUAGAAAAAAAAGCAAAUAAUACAUUAUCAAUGUCAAUCAUGAUUCUUUAAUUUAACUAUUGGGAGCUCUAAUUUAAACAAAGUUCAAUUUAUGCGUUAUGGAUUCUCAUUAAGUUGAAUUGGAUUAUUGCCGACAUCACCUAAAACUGUGUGUUGAUGAAGCAUGGAUAGGUCAGUUAACAUUGUACAAACUGCAUGACUAAAUCAUUGCGCACUUUCUAUAAACUGCAUUCAGCUGUUAAGUAACAUUGUAUUAUUGUAGCUCAAGUGCAGAACUAACAAAGUUUUAGAUACCAAACAUGUCUUUGCUGGCUGAUUGCAUUCUGAGUGAAGAGGAAAUUGUGUACCUUUGAUUUCUUACCGAACUGUCGUGUUAAGGAGAGCACAGAAUAAAGGACUGAGCCAAAUGGACAUUUCAAUGUUUCUUCACACCUGACCUCAGCGAUUGAUCUUAAUCUCAGGGUUUUAUUUUCAUGUUUUAUUUAUUUAUUUAUUUUUUGCCAACAAACUAAACACCCUUUCCAAUGAACAAAGUACUGAAUAUUCGGUUUGUAAUUGCCAAAUUGUUUUCCUUUCUCAAGCGUUGAUGUUCAUGCAUAUAACUUUGCAGUAAGGAUUGCUUUUAUUUACGUGCUUGUUUUGCAGAAGAUGCAGUGACGGCUGCAUCAUUGACUCACUGCAUUUCGUUGUUUAUCAAAAUUCAGAAUUAUUAGUGAAUAAUUUUUUAACCUGAGACAUUCAGAUUAUUUCAUUAACAAUCUGAUAGCAUUUUGAGUUAAACCGUGUACAGAAAAGAAGCUUCUUCUUUUUUGGUUGUAAAACCUAAAGUUUUCUUUUAGUAGCAUGCUAAUUGCUAUAUGGUGUAUACAGGUGCCUUAUAUAGUGAGCAACACCAUUAUGUG